AGCGGAGAAAACGUUUAAUGAAAUCUGCAUAAGUCCUCAGACGAACAACAAAGUCGGCAAAGACGCAUUCUGCAUUUCAACUGAUGGAUGGGGAAAGAAAAAUGGAGAAAAGAAUUUAAAUGCAAAAGAAACGGGCGACAAUCGAGGCGAGAGAUGCAAUCAACAUCUCAUUAGUCAAGUCCUUAAUUCUCUCCCCAGGGAUUAG